CCAAGAGCCCAAGCCCUGAACACCAUUGCCUCAGCAAAGCAGAAGCUCACCAUCUCACUCUUUCUUCUUCUUUGACCCAAUUCCCAGAGCUCCUUCGGUGCUCUCAUAGCGGACCCUGUGUAGCUCAAGCUCACUCACACAGAGUCCGCAAUCCGAACCCUCCCCAAUGACCCAUCUUCCAAGGCGGACUCACUAUCCCCUUCUCAUACUUCUCUUCCAAAUUCUCUUCUCCGCAAUCGCCUUCGGAUCGGUUCUCCGCGAAGAAGGUGAAGAAGAGUUCUCGGAGGAGUUGCUGCUGAGACCCUUGCCUGAUCGGAAAGUAUUGGCGCAUUUCCAUUUCGAAAGCAGAGCUCCGCCUUCUCUCUCCGACUCCCAUGGCCGCCACCACCACCUCUUCCCCAAAGCCAUUGCUCAGCUGGUUCAGAAAUUCCAAGUUAAGGAAAUGGAAUUAUCUUUUACACAAGGUCGAUGGAACUAUGAUCGGUGGGGUGGAUUUGACCCCAUCCCAAGCAGCAAUGCAAAGCCUCCUGGAGUGGAGUUAUGGGCUGUCUUCGAUGUCCCCCAGUAUCAGGUUGAUGCUUCCUGGAAGAAUCUAACGCAUACUCUUUCAGGUCUCUUUUGUGCUUCAAUCAACUUCCUAGAGUCUUCUACCACUUAUUCUGCUCCUGAAUGGAGCUUUCAACCAUCUUCAGGCAGUCUGAGGUAUGGCACAUUGCCUCGUGAGGCUGUUUGCACCGAGAACCUAACUCCCUGGUUGAAGCUCCUUCCAUGUCGUGACAAAUCUGGGCUUUCCACCUUAAUGCACAGACCUUCUAUAUAUAGAGGAUUUUAUCAUUCUCAGCGGUUGCGCUUGACCUCAUCUCAAUUUGAUUCAGGCGUUUUGGAAUCAGGAAUUGUACUAGAACAAACACUUACAGUUGUUCUUCAGCCUAAUAGUCAGAGCGCUAGUAAAACUUAUUCCAUUGAAACAAAAUUACAACCAAGCUGGUCUUUGAGUUCGAUUUUCGGAAGGAAAGUUACUGGAAGAUGUGUUCUUGCCAAGUCUAGUAAUGUUUACCUUCAACUUGAGAGAGGUCUGGUAACUGAAUUGGAGAAUCUACAGAAGGAAAAUGUGAUAUCCAGGGCUGAUAAUAUGGGCUCGGAAGGGUUAAGCAGUAACCCUGGCUUUGAGUUGUCUGUUAAGCCUGACAGGGUAUUUAAAGAAGUGAAUAGCUUGCAUAGCAAGAGCUCAUCUGUUCUUUGUGAAUAUUCAAUUGUGAAGUACAGUGACUCUGAGCCAUUUGAUUUAGGCCUUACAUGGAAGCUUCCUGUAGUUUGGUCAUGUCAGCAAGCACCAUUACAUGCUAGUAGGUUCUUAAUGGGUAGUGGGAAUGAAAGAGGUGCUAUAGCAAUAUCCUUAAUAUCCACAGAAUUAAAUGAGGGUUUCCUUGGUGCUAAUACUGUUGAAGACAGGUGUGAGUUGCAAGUCGACAUUUUCCAAGUUGUGCCUUGGUAUAUUAAGGUGUAUUUUCAUACUCUACAAGUUUUUGUUGAUGGACAACCUCAGGGACUCACAGAUGUUGUAGAGAAGAUACAUGUUUCACCUUCUGAAGACAAGGUAUCGCCUGGGGUAAUGGAGCUGGUUCUAAAAUUUCCCUGUGGUGUUAAAUCAGCCACUUUAACUUUAGAGUUUGAUAAGGGAUUUUUGCACAUCGAUGAGUAUCCUCCAGAUGCUAAUCAAGGGUUUGACAUUCCAUCGGCUGUAAUAAGCUUUCCCAACUUCCAUGCAAGCACACAUUAUCUUGAAGAUAACUCUUUGACCAAGUCACCCAUGUUGUCUAAAUUUCAGGAAAAGAGUCCUGUUCUAUCUUACACGGAAGUAUUACUUGUACCCUUGACAACUCCUGAUUUUAGCAUGCCUUACAAUGUCAUCACAAUUACCUGCACGAUAUUUGCAUUAUAUUUUGGAUCUUUGGUCAAUGUGCUUCGAAGACGUGUUGGUGAGGAGGAAAGACUUUUAAAAGACAGAGCUGCCAGAAAAGCCGGUCGGCUUCCUCAGCUGCUAUCGAAGUUGUCUGCCAAGCUGAGGGGAAAAGAAUGGGAAUCUCCCCAGUCAGCCUCACCUUCAUCAUCUUCCAGAAGUUCAAAACUUAUACUUAAAGUGGUAAUAGUGGCUGGGAUAGCCAUUGUUUGGCAAUUCUAUUCCAAAUGACGCCAUUAGUUAGCCAACCGGAAACUUAAAUGUACAAUUACCUGCCUCUGAGUUUAAUGUACAAUACAGGCCUCUCAAUUCCAAAACUAACACCCCAUUUUAUGAGUAGGGUACACACAUUAUUAAAAAUCUUCUUGAAUGAAUUUGUUUAUAUCGAAA